UCUUUUCAUAGCCAAUGGAUGUACAGAUACCCAAAGUAUGUUUUAUUCCACUAUGAUGGCAACAAACAUUCCAUUCGAGUAAGGACGUAUGGUAGCAAAUGUUUUUUUGCUGAUGGCCUAAAGGAAUUCAGAAGGGCACACGAUCUAAAUGAGAGUGUCAUUCUUCGUUUUGUUGCUUUUGACAAAAAUAUUACUUUCUCCGUUGAUGUCAUCAGACCUACACAUAGGCAGUUGCAUGUAAAGCCCGUUAUAUCAACCAGGAGACAUAUUUUUACAACUGAUGUCACAAAGGAGAUGAUACAGUGCAACCUCCCUUUGUUUCUUCCAGCAACAGCUUCCAGAUUUGUCUAUGGUUACAAAAAAUUUAUUACCCUUCAGCGUGCAUGGACUGGCAAAACGCACCCAGUGGGACGUCACCAUCCACAAUGGUGUGCCAUCAAUUGCUGACCCAUGGUUCCACUUUCUUCAUGAAAAAAAAUUGAUGCCCGAAGAUGAGGUAGUCUUCUACUACCGGCUUGAUGACCAUGCAUGGGAACUGUUGAUCAGGAAAGAUAUUGAAUGGGACAACGAGGACAUCAACUUUGACAACUGACUUUUCUUCAAUGAACAAAUUUAUUUUGUAUUUUUUAACAUAUUGAACAAUCUUUUCUUUUGUUAUCAUCCAACGAAGUUAGUAUUUUU